AUUAAGUCACGUUAAGUAACAUUUUAUUGCAAUUCCAGUAUUUGAGCCAGUCGUCAAGUCACGUAAAUCGGAGUAUAUUGAAACCAUCUGGAGUGUACACGACGAUUUAUGAAAACAUAUAUUUAGGGAGAAUCGAUUGGGAGUGAUGUGAAGCCGUGAGACAGAAUAGGCUUUUAGGUCCAAAUCAAGAUGUUCCACACAUGUGGACCCAAUGAAGCCAUGGUGGUGUCUGGCUUUGGUCGUUCCCCUCCACUAAUGAUCGCUGGAGGAAGAGUGUUUGUCCUCCCCUGUAUUCAACAGAUCCAGAGGAUCACUCUGAACACCCUGACUCUGAAUGUGAAGAGUGACAAGGUGUACACCCGUCAUGGAGUGCCCAUCUCUGUCACGGGCAUCGCCCAGGUGAAGAUCCAGGGUCAGAACAAGGAGAUGCUGGCCACGGCCUGUCAGAUGUUCAUGGGGAAGUCUGAGGCUGAGGUCUCCAACAUCGCCCUGGAAACACUGGAGGGGCACCAGAGGGCUAUCAUCGCCCAUCUGACUGUUGAGGAGAUCUACCAGGACCGUAAGAAGUUUUCUGAGCAGGUGUUCAAGGUGGCCUCCUCUGACCUGGUCAACAUGGGCAUCGGCGUGGUCAGCUACACGCUCAAAGACGUUCACGACGACCAGGACUACCUCACCUCCCUGGGUAAAGCUAGGACAGCUCAGGUGCAGAAGGAUGCCAGGAUCGGAGAGGCUCAGUACAAACGAGACGCGGUGAUCCGUGAGGCCCAGGCCAUGCAGGAGAAGGUGUCUGCCCAGUAUCUGAAUGAGAUCGAGAUGGCCAAAGCCCAGAGAGACUACGAGCUGAAGAAGGCCUCCUACGACUACGAGGUCAACACCAAGAAGGCGGAGUCUGAGAUGGCCUAUCAGCUGCAGGUGGCGAAGACGAAGCAGCGGAUUGAGGAGGAGACGAUGCAGGUGAAGGUGGUGGAGAGGUCUCAGCAGAUCAUGCUGCAGGAGCAGGAGAUCACCCGUAAGGAGAUGGAGCUGGAGGCCACGGUGAAGAAGCCUGCUGAGGCAGAGAGAUACCGUCUGGAGAGACUGGCUGAGGCGGAACGUGCACAGCUCAUCAUGGAGGCUGAGGCAGAGGCAGAGUCCAUCAGAAUGAGGGGCGAUGCUGAGGCGUUUGCUCUGGAGGCUAAGGGUCGUGCCGAGGCAGAGCAGAUGGCUAAGAAGGCUGAGGCCUUUAAACAGUACGGGGAGGGAGCCAUGGUGGACAUGCUGCUGGAGAAACUACCACUGAUAGCAGAGGAGAUCAGCAGGCCCCUCUCCAUGGCCCAGAAGGUUACCAUGGUUUCCAGCGGCGGCGGUGAGGUGGGCGCUGCCAAGCUGACCGGAGAGGUUCUGGACAUCAUGACCAGACUACCAGCUGCUGUGGAGAAACUCACUGGAAUCAACAUCUCACAGGUUGGCCUGUCCACCCGAAUGGGCUGAGAAUGGAGCCCAGUGACUGAGACAGCCUGCACCGUCAGACCAGGAACUCCAUACUGCCUCCUUGUGCCUAUAAUUACUAUUACCUAGUGUAGUUGUCUAUGUCUGCAUGCCUGUCUGCAUGCCUGUGUUAGCACGGUAGUCUUUCUUAGAGCAUGUGUCAGCACUCUCAUUGGCACUGAUCUGGAAACAAAGGAUGGGUCAAAGCUGUAUGUUGUAGGCCUACUGUGGGAGUUUGUCUCCUGGUCGUUCAUAUCUCUGUUAGAUCAGCUUGGAUAAAGGAAAGCACUUUGGGUUAGCAGGACACAGCCUUAGUAGUUCUGGUAGCAACGAGCCUCUUUUCCCCGUCUGUUAUUCAGUGUGUUUUAAUCACUGCUUCAAGCCUGCCUUUCUGUCUCCCUCUAUUACAGGUUUGGGUCCAUAUAAACUGUUCCACUGUCACAUAGUUGUGUUUUAGUUGUAAUUCAUAGUAUUAUUUCAUUGGGAUGUGGUUGAGAAAGGAUCUUUUCAUUCUCUUCAUUCUUUGUUGUUCAUAGGAAAUAAUCGUGUCAGUAUGAGGUUUGUCAGUUGAUUGUUUUGUCGACAUUUGCAGUUCUAUAAGGUAGUCUGUCUUGUUCUGAGCAUGGUUGGCUAGCUAGUUGCUAUUAAUUGCUUUGCAAAUGAAGAAGAAAUGCUCUUUACUUUCACUGUGGACAUUUCUUUUUUUUAAACUAAUUGUAGUACUGGUAGUCAUGUUAUUAAACAUGUUCUACCUGCUUAUGGAUUCUAGUACCUCUGUCUACCAACUUAUGGACAAAGUGGUUUUCCACUAUGUUCUCCCCUGACAGUAGAUCCUAGAUCAGUCUACUGAUAUCACUAGCCCUCUAGAAUGGCCAGUGCCUUGUGUUUUAAAGUCUAAUUAAUCAUAUCAAUACAAGCCAUAUUACAGUAGAAUCCAAGUUGCAUGCAGAUAUGCUGAUUUGUGAUCUUUUUGCCAUGACCCUGCCAUAUGUGUAGGAUGAAAUCACAAACUAUAUGAUGGGUUGGCACUAAACCUCUUCUCUCUGUUGGUACAAUACUGGCAUAGACACAAUCAAUGGAGUACUGAAUUUGAUGGUACCUAAUCUAAUUUUCCAUAGCAAAAUAAAAACAAGGAACUACAGAUUCUCUGUUACUAAAGUGUUGUUUAUCCAACAGACAGAUUGUCAUGUACACCAUUAUGGCUUAGUUCCAGUGUGUUUCUAAACCCUAGACUUACUAGACAGACAGGCCUUCGAUCAGAGCUUCUACUGUGCUAUAACUGUAUAAAGGUGGAGAUUUUCUGUGAAGUGAUUGGAAGGAAGGAAGGAAGGAAGGAAGUAAGUGGGUGGGAGGAGGGAGGGAGCGCGGACUGGGGUUUUCCUGCUGAAGACUAACCUCUGAGGUCUCUAUCUAGGUCAGGUGUACUGUCAGUCACGUGGUGUCCAGUGGAUGUGCUGUUUGAGGUGAAGUUGUGUGUAGGAGAGGGGAAUGGCGAAACUAGCCUGGGUGCCAGUCUGUUGAUUAAUCAGGAGCUAUCCUUUUGUAUCGUAAUCUUAUCAUUAGACUGGUCUUAUUUUUCCAGAUUUUCUAUGUGGUGCUGAUCACAUCCCUGUUUGAUCCUUUUUGUAGUAUAAGGUUUGUUAGGGACUGGUUCUAUACCAUAGAAAUAGAAUCCUUCUGUGUUCUAUACCACCACUCAGGAUUCUAGAAGCUACUUCUCUCUAGCUGAUUGUAAUUCCCCAAAGCUUACAUGCUCUCUGGCUAUCUAUGCAUUUUGUUACCGUCAAGUGCCUGACUAAGUUGAAAGAUUCCCAUUUUUCUCUCAACCAAAAAGGCUAAACUUUCACCGCACGUUAAACAUUGUGACAACCUAUAGAGGCAUGCUAUGUUCUAAAGAUAUUAAUGAAAGCCAAUUUCACCAGAACAAUACUACUGCUUUCACUUAUGCACACACCUGUAUAAUAUGUCAUAAUGUCAAUGAUUUGUGACUUUGAACCUUUUUCUGUCCUGUAGCUGCUCUUAGUUAAAUAUGGUUUCUAUGAUUGUAUUUCCGUCUAUGCUUUGUUGACUUGCCAAGAUAAUGCCUGGCCUUCCAUGUACAGUGGCUUGUGAAAGUAUUCACCCCCCCCUUGACAUUUUUCCUAUUUUGUUGCCUUACAACCUGGAAUUAAAAUAGAUCUUGGGGGGGGUUACACAUGACUACCACUGAAGAUGCAACAUUUUUUUAUUGUGAAAUAAGACCAAAAAAAUGAACUUGAGCGUGCAUAACUAUUCACCCCCCCCCCCAAAGUCAGUUUGUAGAGCCACCUUUUGCAGCAAUUACAGCUGCAAGUCUCUUGAGGUAUGUCUCUGAGCUUGGCACAUCUAGCCACUGGGAUUUUUGCCCAUUCUUCAAGGCAAAACUGCUCCAGCUCCUUCAAAUUGGAUGGGUUCCGCUGGUGUACAGCAAUCUUUAAGUCAUACCACAUAUUCUCAAUUGGAUUGAGGUCUGGGCUUGAACUAGGCCAUUCCAGGACAUUUAAAUGUUGCUUUAGCAGGAUGCUUAGGGUCAUUGUUCCAGUCUCAAAUCUCUGGAAGACUGAAACAGGUUUCCCCUCAGGAAUUUCCCUGUGUUUAGCACCAUCCAUCAUUCCUUCAAUUCUGUCCAGUUUCCCCUGUCCCUGCUGAUGGAAAAACAUGCUGUUCUGGGGGUGAUGAGAGGUGUUGGGUUUGCACCACAGUGUUUUCCUUGAUGGACAAUUUUAAUCUCAUCUGACCAGAGUACCGUCUUCCAUAUGUUUGGGGAGUCUCCCACAUGCCUUUUGGCGAACACCAAACAUGUUUGCUUAUUUUUGUUUCUUUAAGCAUAGUCUUUUUUCUGGCCACUCUUCCGUAAAGCCCAGCUCUGUGGAGUGUACGGCUUAAAGUGGCCCUAUAAACAGAUACUCCAAUCUCCACUGUGGAGCUUUGUAGCUCCUUCAGGGUUAUCUUUGCUCUCUUGUUACCUUUCUGAUUAAUGCCCUCCUUACCUGGUCUGUGAGUUUUGGCGCCAUAUUCUUAAAAAAAUAUAUAUAAUGGAUUUAAUGGUGCUCUGUGGGAUGUUUUAAAGUUUGGGAUAUUUUUUUAUAAUUCAACCCUGAUCUGUACUUCACAACUUUUCCCUGACCUUGGUCUUUGGUGGAGAUCAUGUGACUACCUAACUAAUUAUGUGACUUAGGUAGUUGGUUGCACCAGAUCUUAUUUAGGGGCUUCAUAACAAAGGGGGUGAAUACAUAUGAACACACCACUUUUACAUUUUUUUUGUUAUUUUAAAAAUUUCACUUCACCAAUUUGGACUAUUUUGUGUGUCCAUUACAUGAAAUCCAUUUCAAUUACAGGUUGUAAUGCAACAAAAUAUGAAAAACACCAAGGGGGAUGAAUACUAUUGCAAAGCUCUGUAGUGUAAACUUUGAAUUGAAGUGCACUAAGUUCUGAAAUUAUUGUAACAUUUAUAUAAACAAACGCUCUUUCCUAACUCAAA